AUGUCUUCCGACGACCGUUUUGACACAUUGGAUGCUCCCGAUGGGGCAGGAUUGACUUGGAUCUUCGAUCAUUGCUUGCGUUACGCCGACCAGUACGAGAUUUCCCUCCGUGCUGCAUACGAACUCAAUAGCCAUCCGGUGCAGAGUGCAAUGGGUACCGCAUCUGUGCCUCGGUCGUCAUCCAUCUUUUCAUCCCGCAAUUCUGUCUGGUCCAAGAAUUCUCGAAACUCCAAGUCUUCCUGUUCUUCCGACUCUCCUGAAUAUGAUACCAAUGCCGAUUUCCGUGCUUGUUUGACGAGGACUGUUUCCGAGUUGCCUUCUCAACCUUGCUCACUUCCACCGAGUUUUAUAAUCUCUUUCGUCCGUCGUUGCUUUUGUUUGGAACUAUCCGAAGUCGACUUUGCACAGGCUUUGACUGCUCUUGACUACACCAAAGAUCUCCAAUGCCGCUGGAAAAAGGAGAUUGAUGCUGCCUUCCGCCGACUCAAUGUCACUUCUCAGGAUGCCAGUGAUCCUCACAACUCAGAACUGGCUCGCAACUAUCCCAAUGUGUUGGAGUGGUACAAGACUACCAGCCAAAAGGCACGCAUGAUCGAUUUUAUGUACACUCAGGUCUAUGUAGGCUUGCGCCGCUGGGUGCUUGUCAAUGAGAUGAUGCUGGAGCCAUUCAACAAAGCCAAUUGUCUCGCUCUUCUCAACACUCUUUUGCCCCCAGUUCAUCGCGAUAGCCCCACUCCGACUCAGCAGUUAUCGACAGUAACUCUCGAACAUCAUCGUGAUACUUUCUUCAAAUUUAUCACCACUUACGAGGCCAAUCCUACUAUCCUUGAUCCUAUCAUAAUGCAAGGAGCUCGACCUGGCGAUGAGAACGGAUGGCCCGCACUGUACGACACCAUCGACCGAUAUCUGACCGCCGUCCUGGAUAUGAUCGAUGAGUGCACUUUGAUCAAUGAGCCUUGCCAGGUUGGAAAGUCCGGUGCACAGCGCCGCACCGACUCUGGCAUCAGCUUCGGACCCCGUCCUGCCAGCUCCCAUUCCCUGGAAGCUGAAAAGCCUCUUCCUCAUUUCCCAGAGAUGAGUCACAACACCAGCAAGCACGGCUCGUUCCUAGACCGAUUUGCCUUGGCAUGGAAGAAGCGGGAUAAGGAUCCUAAGAAAGAACAGCAAAAGGAAGCUACGCGCAGUCUGAAGAAGAUGCAGUCUUGCAAAGAUUUGAGCAGCACGAAGAGCUCCGGCCUCUUUACCAAAAAGUUCUCGUUUGACCUGACCGAGGAGAAGCGUCUUCGAAUGAUCCAUGAAGCCCAUUCUCGCAAGGCAGCUAUGGAAAACGAGAUUGAAGCCACUCAACCCAUUGGCGUGGCCAUUUGA